UGUAUUGAUUAUCGGGGUUUGAACCGGGUCACUGUGAAGAACAAGUAUCCUCUUCCUAGGAUCGAUGAGUUGUUGGAUCAGUUGAGGGGUGCUACUUGGUUCUCCAAGGUAGAUCUGGCGUCGGGUUAUCAUCAGAUACCGAUAGAUGAGGCAGAUGUGAGGAAGACUGCUUUCAGGACGAGAUAUGGGCACUAUGAGUUUGUGGUGAUGCCCUUCGGAUUGACUAACGCGCCAGCAGCGUUUAUGAGAUUGAUGAACAGUGUGUUUCAGGAGUUUCUGGAUGUAUCUGUCAUCAUUUUCAUCGACGAUAUCCUGGUUUAUUCUAAGAGUCCUGAAGAGCAUGCAGUGCAUUUGAGGGCAGUUAUGGAGAAGCUGCGGGAGCAGAAGUUGUUUGCCAAGUUGAGC